UACAGGCAUGUUGAGGCGAUGCUUGGACUUCCCUUUUUCGGUAUGUGAACCGGUCAAGUUAUCUGGUUCUGAUAGGCGUUUCUAGAGAGCGGGUAUUUAUCCCAGCCACUCUCAGGCUCUCCUUUCAAAUUAUUGAGCGUAAAGCUUUGCUCCCAGCAGAAGCCGUGAUGGUUUCCAGGCUGCCGCCAUAGUGUGUAAUCGAAGCAGCAGCCGAAAAAGAUAGCGUAUGUCGCCGUCCAGAGUCUCGAGUGUGGCACUUACCCUGCACCAGUUGGUUCAAGGUCCAACGGAAAUCCCUUUUAUAUCGGCCUGUCCACCAUACCUAAUUAGCAUAGAUCAUGUAAAGAAAGUGUCAAUACCAAUCUCUAAGAAUCUCAUAGCUUUCGGCGUAGACAUUGUAGCUCUUGAAGAUUUCCAACAUAUCUUGGAGACGCUGAGCUCCAGUGUUGUUGAUUUCUCAGUGAAAGGCCAGAACGGCUACUUGGGGGGAAGGGUUUGGCUGUGUGAUAUGGAGUCAAAGGCCUUCCAGAGGUCAACAGUUCGUUGGAUUGGCUUUGAUGUUGCCAUGGUUUGGUGAAAUAGAGGGUAAGGAAGAAGAGUUGAGGGGUGAAAAGAAAGAAAUAAGCCAGUCAUCCAUAUCAAAUAACUAUCUAAAUGUCCUCUUAGAGCUACU